AUGUCUCCCACCACCGAAGGCCUCGUUGACCAGGCUAAACCACAGCCCGACCCAAUCAAAGUCCAUCUCUUCGGCGAAGGAGAGCACACCCAUGGAGAGCCCAGACCAGCCUCCGUGACCAAAAUAGAACUCUACAGAUUCGCAGCAGGGCAAAAGAAAGUCUACUUCUUUUUGGACGACCAUCAUCUUGUCCAAUUCUGGAGGCCAGAGGACCUCCCGCCCACCGCGCCGCCGCUGGCCCCGGGCCACUACCGGCUGCGCUUCCAGUGCGCCUGCGCCGAAACCACGGUGGAUUGGCCCGAGGAGCAGGCCGACGCCUACCAUGACAAGUUCGUUAGGCGUCUCGGGUACUACCAGAACGAUGAGAAUGAUGGCUGGAUAUACUAUCACCUCGCCCCCAUCGAGGAGGUGCCUCUAUCCUGGUACUUUGGGGAUCUGCUUCGUGGGUAUACCGUUCGCUGA